GACCUGUUUGCACUGGGCUUGUAAACGGAACCACGCUCCAGUGGUGGCCUACCUGCUGCACGCCGGGGCGGACAAGGAGAUCCUCACCAAGAAAGGGGAGAGCCCAGCCCAGCUAACGUCAAAGCCAGAGAUAAGGAAGAUGUUGGGAGCGGAAGAUGACGAACUCCCAGACUUAAAGAAAGAUUCAGAACUGCCAAUCAUCCCUAACUACCUGGCUAACCCACCCUUCCCUUACGUUUACAACAGCAUUAGUAACAGUAUUCCAGAUCCCUCUGUCAACGGGAGUGUCUCACACUUGGAGCCACAAGAUACGGACUCUGUGUCCUUCCCUGAUGUGGAGACUUGCACGCGGGCGCCCGUACGGGGGGGGAGCGCUGCUCCAGAGGUGGCUGAUGAGGGGGCCCUGCCCAGAGGCUGCACUGCACCACCACACCCAAAACCUGCCCUUCAGAGAGCUCCUCAUUACCAGGGAGCAGUGUCCUGGAGCAGAAGUCACCCUUUGCCAGCUGGAUCGAAUCAGCCCAUACCUCAGCAGGAGAACAGCUCCUGCAUGGGGCCUGUGCCAGCAUUUCAGCCCGUUUUCUUCACAGGAGCUUUUCCCCUCAAUAUGCAAGAACUGGUGCUUAAAGUUAGAAUACAAAACCCUAAUCUGAAAGAAAAUGACUUCAUUGAAAUUGAACUGGACAGACAAGAACUGACCUACAAGGAACUGCUCCGAGUGAGUUGCUGUGAGCUGGGUGUUAACCCCGAGCACGUACAGAAGAUCAGAAAAUUACCCAAUACAAUGUUAAGGAAGGACAAAGAUGUUGCAAGGCUGCAGGAUUUCCAAGAACUGGAGCUUGUUCUAACAGUAAGCGACAAAAACUUACUUUUCAGAGUCCCAACGCUGUCUGAACGGAGUGGUUAUAACAAGAAGGCAUCAGAACUUACGUAUUAAUUGUUUAAAGACUAAAACAAAAGAUUUGUCUCUCUCAUUUUGACAUUACCUUUAAAAUACAGUAUCUAUAAGGGCUAAUGAUGUGGAAAAAUAAUCUAUUUUGUUAACCUUGAAAUACACUAAAGUCGUCAUGCA